AUGGCAGUGAAUCCAGCUACCUUUUUGAAUGCUGAAAAUCCAGAAGAAUCACUGGUACAUGAUUGUAUACAAACAAUAGAGCAAGUAUACUCUAGCCGACCUGACCUUAAAAGCGAACCCUUGAUUAACCCAGAUUUAGAAAUGUUUACAGAUGGAAGCAGUUACGUUAUAGACGGACAGUGGAAAGCCGGAUACACAGUAGUGACACCUACUCAGGUAUUGGAGGCCAAGGCUUUACCUGUGAGUACAUCUGCUCAGAAGGGAGAAUUGAUAGCCCUGACACGAGCCCUGGAUUUGUCUCAAGGGAAGAAGGUAAAUAUCUGGACAGACUCUAAAUAUGCUUUUGGAGUGAUCCAUGCUCACGGAGCAAUUUGGAAAGAAAGAGAAUUAUUAUCCGCACAAGGUAUGCCUAUUAAACACUCAGAAGAGAUCUUACAACUUUUAAAGAGUGUUCAGAAACCAGCUGAAGUAGCAGUAAUGCAUUGUAAAGCUCACCAAAGUGGACGAUCCCCUGUUAUUGAUGGUAAUAGAUUAGCAGAUAAAGCAGCCAAGGAGGCUGUGGAACAAGGCAUCUUUGUAGUAAUGCCCAAAAAGAAAAUAUCACUACCGGAUGAAGGACCUAAAUAUGGAUCAGCAGACAAGCAGUUAGCUGAUCUUUUAAAAGCUGUUCCUAAUGAAAAAGGGUGGAUGAUAACCCCAAAUUAUCAGGUUGUAGUAACUCCAGACAUAAUGACUGAAAUAAUGAAAAGGGAGCAUCAGCAGACCCACUGGGGAAUAGAGUCCCUAGUACAAGGAUUACAGAAAGUUGCUGUAAGUGUUGGAAUGAUAAAAAUAGCUAAAUCAAUUGUUGAUAAAAGUGUUCGAUUUGUCAAAGAAAUAACCCUAGCAUUAUUAGAAAACCUCUCCUGGGAUCUUUACCCCAGGGAAAUACACCAGGAGAUUACUGGCAAAUUGAUUUCUCAGAGUUGCCAAAACAAGCAGGCUAGCGAUAUCUAUUAG